AUGCUUCCAUCGUUUGUGAGUUUCACCGGCUUAUACAGCGGCUACCUCCGUCGCUGUUUCACCGGAGCGGGUCUCUUCUCUCAAAAAAUCGACGUAGACACCGAAACAACUCUCCAUGUUUGGGGACCAACAAAUCAAGCCACACAAAAACCAUCUCUCGUUCUGAUUCACGGAUUCGGUCCUAUGGCGAUAUGGCAAUGGCGUCAACAAGUUCAAUUUCUCGCUCCUCAUUUCAAUCUCUACGUUCCCGAUCUAAUCUUCUUCGGUGAAUCCACAACGAGAUCCAAGGAAAGAAGCGAGAAAUUCCAAGCAGAGUCGGUUGGAAAAUUGUUGGAGAAAUUAGGUGUGAAAAAGUGCCACGUGGCGGGGACGAGUUAUGGAGGUAUUGUUGCUUAUAAUAUGGCGAAAAUGUUGGGGGAAGAGAAAAUUGAGAAAGUGGUUAUUUGUAGCUCUGGUGUUAAUAUGACGAAGAAUCAUAACGUGAAGUUGUUGGAAAGGGCUGGAGUGGAGAAAAUUGAGGACCUUAUGUUGCCUUCAUCUCCACAAAAUUUGAGGAAAUUGAUGAAACUUGCGGUGGCUAAAAAAAUACCUUACGUGCCUGAUUUUUUCUUGAACGACUUCUUAAAUAAAUUAUACUCGGAAAAUAGGAAGGAAAAGAUGGAGCUUUUAGGUGGCUUGUCCCUCGGAAAGAUUGAUACUUCAAAUAUUUCACCUCUUCAACAGCAGGAAGUUCUCAUAAUUUGGGGGGAAGAUGACAAGAUAUUCCCUGUGAAGAUGGCCCAUGAACUGAAAGGGAUAAUCAGUAAAAAUGCAAGAAUAGAGUUGAUGAAGGAGGCGUCCCAUGUGCCUCAAACUGAAAAGCCAGAGGAAUUCAACAAUAUUAUCUUAAAGUUCUUACAUUCCAGCUCUUAA